CUGUUGCGUGACGCUGCUUGACGUUUGGCUUUGCCUUUUCACAUGAACUAGGUUACAAGUUAACCCCAAAUUCUAACUUUUCUGUUUACCUUUUACCAAUGUUGAGAAUUGUAGUUGAAAAUACUUUGUGUCUUUAAAUAAUGUUCACAAAAUAUUUUCGUCAAACACUUAAGCUCAAUUCAAUAAGAGCUUGUGUGUGUAAUAAUAAUGUUAAAAAUUACUCUAAUCAUUCUAAUGAUUUGAAUUCCAAAGAGUCUUCAGCUACUAGCAACAAACUAGGAAAUAUAGGAUCAAAAUAUCAGAUAUUUCACGAUCAAGACGCAGAAGUGAUUCUUGAUGUUUAUGAAGAAAGAUUGAAAUAUUCAAAUUUAAUCGAAGAUGAUGAAGUGGAAGAAAGCACACCUUUCGCAGGGAUAAAUUUGAACCGUGGAAAAUCAGGCGUUUUUGAAAUAGAAGACUUGGUAGAUGUUCUUAAACGUGAAAAUGCCAUAAAUAUAUUUGUAGCUAAAGUUCCACAAGAAAUCAAAUAUGUAGACUAUAUCUGUAUCGUGAGUGGCAAAUCAAAGAGACAUAUGCAAGCUGUAGCACAGUUUGUCCGUAGAGUUUUUAAGCAAAAAAGAAACCAAGGGGACAAAGUUCCAAAAUUAGAAGGUGAACUUUCCAACGACUGGAUGGCUUUAGAUUUAG